AACCCUAUAAAGCCCAACUUGCGGACUGCAACAACAGCACACAUGACCUUGAAGGAAGAAGAAAGUGGCAGUUUGUUGAAUAAUGUGGAUAUUUGGGUGGAAAGGGCCUUCUGGGUUUUCAGCUCGCUCGACAGCUGAGGAUGUUACUCAAGGGAUUGAUGGAACUGGCCUCACUGCACUUGUUACAGGAGCUUCAAGUGGUCUUGGUUCGGAAACAACACGUGUUUUAGCAUUGCGUGGUGUUCAUGUUGUCAUGGCAGUAAGGAAUACAGAUGCGGGUAGGGAUGUCAAAGAAUCAAUACUUAAGGAAGUCCCCACUGCCAAUAUUGAUGUCAUGGAACUAGAUCUCAGCUCAUUGGCAUCAGUAAGAAAAUUUGCAUCGGAAUAUAAAUCAUCUGGUCUUCCAUUGAAUAUUCUGAUUAAUAAUGCAGGUGUUAUGGCAACUCCAUUCAUUCUUUCGCAUGACAACAUUGAACUGCAGUUUGCAACCAACCAUUUAGGUCAUUUUCUUUUGACAAACCUUCUAUUGGAUACCAUGAAAAAGACAACAAGUGAAAGCAAAAAAGGAGGAAGGAUCGUGAUUGUAUCAUCAGAGGCUCAUCGGUUUGCAUAUAGUGAGGGGAUUCGCUUUGAUAUGAUCAAUGAUGAAUCGGGGUACAACAGUAUGUAUGCUUAUGGACAAUCAAAGCUAGCCAACAUAUUGCAUGCUAGUGAGCUUGCAAAGCGCUUGAAGGCAGAAGGGGUUGAUAUAACUGCUAAUUCCCUUCAUCCUGGAUCAAUUGUUACCAAUCUUCUACGGUACCACAGUUACAUUAAUGUUGUUGCUAAUAUGGUCGGCAAAUAUGUGCUUAAAAAUGUUCACCAGGGAGCUGCGACUGAAUGCUAUUUGGCAUUGCAUCCGCAAGUUAAGGGUGUAAGUGGUGAGUAUUUUAUGGACAGCAACAUUGCCAAUCCAACGGCUCUGGCUAGAGAUGCAGAAUUGGCAAAGAAGCUAUGGGACUUCAGUUUGAGCCUGACAGAACCGAAGUAAUUGGGUAUAAGGCUUCAACUAGUUUGAGUAGAUUUCUGUUGUAGAUCGUAAGUCAGUGUACUUUUUACUGGUUCUGAGUAGCCGCUAAAACGUUGAAUGACCAUGUAAAUUAAAAGCUGUAAUUAAAGAUGGCACAUGAGCAAUGUGUUGUUUUAAAACAAGGCAGUGGAAUCUAUUAACAAGUGCUGGAGGUCUAACUAAGCAAAUGAAAGGGUUCAGAAUCCAAUUAUUAUUUUUA